CUGGAGGGGGAGGGUCGCCCAGCUCGUCCUGUUGGUGGCCCAUUUAUCAUAUCUCCGCCCUCCAGUGUUCGGCUCCCAUGAGGGCGGCUCUUUAAAUUGCCCCAAAACUCUUCUGGCUGGCGCCUUUUUUCCCUUUAUCUGACGAGGACGGGACGCACAUGCUCCUCGCUGGGCGACGCUGAACUCGAUCCCUCUGCGAACCGGUCUGAUAGAGAAGGAAACAUGAGCGACAAGGGCACAGUCUCGCCGAAGGAGAAGGAGACCACAGAGAAGAGGGGGCGUGGGAGACCCCGCAAGCAGCCCCAGGAGGCCAGUGGGUCUCCCACUCCCAAGAGGCCCAGAGGGCGGCCAAAGGGAAGCAAAAACAAGGCACCCAGCAAGAGCAAGGCAAAGUCAGAAGCACCUGCUUCAGGGAAGCGCAGAGGAAGGCCCAAGAAGGAGGAGAAGGAGGAAAAGGCUGCACAGGAAUCAUCUGGCGAAGAGGAGCAGGAGGAAGAGGAGGAGGAGGAAGAGGAGGAGGAACAGUAAUCCACUACGCAUGCUACCUCACUCAACAUACUGACUUACUGUUAACCAGAACUGGGCCUCAUCUCGGACGUCGGUGCCACCACUUGACCACUGUUCACGACGAAGCCCCUCUGUCCAAGGAGAGGCAGCAUAUUCAAACAUCAAUCUUGCAACAGCACUGGAUAGAACAAUGGACCAUGCUCAAGCAUAGAUCUAAGAUUUACUCGAUGGCCCUUUUUCUCUCCAUGUUAUCACGAGUCUUUUCGACUGGACAAAGUCAAGCUACUAGGGGCCUGGAUUGUCUUUCUCCCACCACCCCACCCCACCCCACCCCACCUAACGCUGGUUUGUAGGUCAUUUCCUCUGCUUCGUUUUUGUUGUACCCGCAUCUGAGAUGGUAGGGCAUAUAGUUAUCUCCAUGUUUUGUACUGGACAAGGGUGAAUUUUACCUAUACUUGCAAUCUGUUUGUGUGAAGUUAACCUACCCCCUGCGUUGUAUUUUAGAUGGAGUUGAGCUUCAGCUUGGAUGAGACUAGGUGGUAGAUCUGUGUGUGUUUGAUUUCUUUCCACCUGCAGUCUGCUUGACCGCAUCCUCUCACAUGUAGGGCAGAGCUUCACCGUGCCCCCCUGCCCCCCCUCCCUCCUGUAGAAUGAUAGUCACGCAUUUCCCCCCUCAGUAGGAAGCGUCUCACUAGAAUCUGGUCGAUCUUGCUGUUUUUGGUUCUCUGGGUUUACAUACUUUUAAAAGUUGUGUGUGUCAUGUAAUGAUAAACAUUUUUGGUAUAGUGUGUGGUUUUAUUUUUUUAAAAAGGAUGUAGGCAGAGCGCAUCUGUGUCAUUCAGGGAGCUUUUUUCAAUCUUCACUAGUUUAGUUUUCAAGUUCUCGCAUAGCCGAACGGAAACGGUCGGGCAGCCGGUGAGAGCCGACAUGGCCGCCCUCGCCGCUGCCCCGCGCGGUCCUUCUGUCAUGACCUUGUUGUGAUAUACUUUUAAGUCUUGGAAGUGAGUUUUUUUGUUUUGCUGCCUGCUACAGGAUCUAGUUGUGUAUUUGAAAGUGUCAGGGAAUCCUUGUUCACGGUCCUCCUGGGUUUUCCACGCACACCUAAGCUGCUACAACCUCAGUUACAGAACCCGGAAUACUGCAAACGGGCAUUACAAAGCCUGUGAUUUCAUACCUCACUCAACAGUUUCUUUUCCCAUUAGCCCCCCUUUUGUUUUUCUUUAAGUCACCGGACAGUUUUUAAAAAAAAAAUGCUGGACUGUUAUGAUUUCCGCAUGCUUAUGGUGAGUUACUUCUUAAACAUCAACUGCCAAUGACAGGAAGGUCGUAUCAAGCAGGUGUGUUUUAUUCCUUUUAAAAUUCUUCUGGUGCACUGAACUGUUGGUUUGUGGACAAAUGUUUGUGUGUUUGAUAGACUGGGUGCUUUCAUAUGUUCUGUUUUUCUUCAAACCGUUGGCAGCCCUUUUGCCAACGCGAGUUCAACAGUGAGUUUCAGGUUCAUUUCCAUCUGAAUCCAAUCAUUUAUAUACUGUAAACUCAUGAGGAUGGGAUCAUUCUUUUUAAUGUACACCGUAUAUAAAUGUACAACGUCUAUAUUUCUAUGGUGCCCUACAGCAAUUUGUAUCAGAAUUGAAAUGGUCAAUAAAGAGAAUUUUCUUUGUC